AUGGCGGAAGAGGGGUCGGCGCCCACUAAGGCGACUGCAGCGACAACGGUCGUCCGGGCUCAGCUAACAGACCAAGGCACAUUCUGCGGGAUUGACAACGUCGACAUUGAGGACUUGCUGCCCCUGUACGUGCGUGCAAUUGUGGCUGCGCUUCACUACGUGCCCUUCCAUGAUGAUCAACCAAGAACCCAUAUCGCCACUCCCGUUGCUUUGAUAAAGCCAUCACUUGACAUAACAUUUCUUUCUUCACUUUCAGGUACCGUGCUCUCCACGCAGCAGAUCGAAGAUAUUGUUGAGUUUGCUUACAAAAAUCAGCUAGUAAUUCUUGCGGAUGAGAUUUUUCAAGACAAUUGGUAUUGCAAGGAGCGUCCUUUUCGCAGCGUCAGAGCCGUGAUGAAUGAAAUGGGCCCCCCCUACUCCCGGACUCCGUUGGUCACAUUCCACUCGUUGGCCAAAGGAUUUAUAGCAGAGGCAGGCUUCUGGGUCGGAUACUUGGAGGCCAUCAACCUGGACUCUACGGAUCGGGGAAAUCUGGAGAACGCCAUGACCUUGUCUAAGGUGCCAUUAAUAACUCAGGUUGCCUUGGACUGCAUGGUAAAACCCCCACAGCUCGCUGAAUCUUCCUACGACUUGUAUAAUAAGGUAGUUUCACAGUGA